GGCGUCGUAGCGGUCGCGCUUCCGGUCGCGGGGACCGUAGCUACGGAUACCAGGCCGACCGUGACCGCCGCACGGAGCGCGCGCGGGCCCGCAGGGACGCAGUAAGCGGAACACCUCCCCAGGGCUGUUUCUAUAGCAACCAAACAGGCAAGUGGGCGCACCCCGACGCAGUUUCUCCUGGGAGGACCGGAACUUUGGUUCCUGCGCACGUCUCUAUGGUCUCGACAGCCUAGAAGGACCCAACCGGCACUUCCGGGAAGAUGGCGGCCCACGUGGCUGCUCUGACUCGCUUUUACGCGGAAAGGACCCUGCUGUGAAGGAUCAAGAAGCAAGGUAGGGCCAUCUCUCACUCAGUGGUUUUCCGUUGGGACUCUCAAGGUAUCAGGUUUUCAGUGACCCCUUCUUCACUGGCGAGGACCUGAGGACAGUGACUUUUUUCUCACCAUGAGUGUCACCUCCGAGGUCAAGAGUCGUGGGAUGAAGUUUGCUGAGGAGCAGCUGCUCAAGUAUGGAUGGACUCAAGGCAAAGGCCUGGGCCGGAAGGAGAAUGGCAUCACCCAGGCCCUCAGGGUGACGCUGAAGCAGGACAUGCAUGGGGUGGGACACGACCCUGCCAAGGAGUUCACCAACCACUGGUGGAGUGAGCUCUUCAACCAGACUGCGGCCAGCUUGGCAGUGGAAACUAGGCAGGAUGGAGUGCAGAUACAGCGCCUUUCUAAGGAGAGCACCCGUCACACUCAGCCCAAGCCCAACCUGCUGUAUCAGAAGUUUGUGAAGAAGGCCACACUGACUUCAGGUGGGGAGAAGCCAGACAAGGACUUGGAAAGCUGCAGUGACGAUGACAACCAGGGGCCCCAACCUCCAAAGAUCCUGACUGAUGAGAUGCUGUUCCAAGCCUGCGAGGGACGCACAGCACACAAGGCUGCCCGUCUUGGGAUCACAAUGAAGGCUAAGCUGGCUCGGUUACAGGCCCAGGAGCAGGCCUUCCUGGCCCAGCUCAAAGGCCAGGCCCCUGGGACCCCUCAACUGCAGUCUGAGAACAAGCCACUCAAAAAAAGGAAAAAGAAAAGGAAGGAGAACGAGAAAGAGGCGACAGCAACUGAAAGGAAUGCAGACAAGGACUCACAGCAUGCUGACCAGAGCGUCAGGAAAGGCAAGAAGAAAAGACGGCACCAAGAAAAGGUCACAGAUGAGAGAGAGGGAACAACUGUAGGGAAUGAGGAAGAGGCGAGCAGAGAACAAACUGCCCAGUCCCCCGGGAAAAGGAAGAAAAAGAGGCGGCAGCACCACGAGGCGCUGGGGGUCGCAGACGAAGGAGCUGCGGUGGCUGGAGGCGGCACGGAGACAGAGGCGGCGGGGGGCCGGCUGCACACUGACCUGUGUGGCAGGCGCAGAAGGCAGCGUGAGGACUUGCACACAGGGGGGGAUGUCGAGGCGGUUGUAGGUGGAGGGACCCCAGAAGCAGAAAACAGAGCAUGCAGUGAGGGCGGGAGCAGAGGUAAGAAAACGAGGCGGCGGCAUCCGGAGGCCACGGAGGGUGUCUUGGGUGUAAGGGGCGGAGAGGACAGCAGGCCCAGGGACAGCUCAAGCAGCCGAAGUAAGAAGCAGCGGCAGCCAGCAGAGGGGGAAGGAGUCAGCACCCACCAGAGAGCAAAAAAGAAGAAAGAGAAGAGAGUGGCGGUCAGGUCAGGGCAGGGCUCCAUCGAUUUCUUUUCAGGAGUAGAAGCCUGAGACCUGAGUUGAGGCAGGCCCCUUGGUGGUGAGGGGUCCCUCCCAAGGAGGAAUCCGCUCCGGACACCAGCAGCUCAGGAAAGGGGCAGCGCCAUGCCUUAGUUGGCUGGGCAUCGUCCCCUCUGCAGCUUCUAACCCAGCGAUCUGAACUCCAGUGCCUGUAGGAGCCAGGCAGCCAGGGCUCAAGGAGUGCUGGGGGUGUGGGAGCACCUGAGGGGGCAGCCUGGCUGAAAGAAGCUGCAUAGGUAGACUUUGCGUGAAACACCCUGAUUUCUCACUGCUGUGCAGGCUAAGGAAAGCUCAGGAAUGCAGGUCUGUGGGUGGGACCAUUCAGUACCGAAUGGUUAAAUAAACAGCUUGGGCUCCCA